UCCGUGGCGCAAUGGUAGCGCGUCUGACUCCAGAUCAGAAGGUUGCGUGUUCGAUUCACGUCGGGUUCAAAUCCCCGAUCCAAGCGGAUCUCCUUUUUUUGCCUUGUUUUCUUUUUAAUUCGUCCAAUCCUCACCGUCCAUCUACCCACACCCACUAAUCAUCCCCUUAGGCCGAUCGGGACCGUUCACGCCCCACCAAUGAAACUCCCUAUCCCCUUCCUCUCCCGCUCCCCGCCGGCGCGAGCUAUCGCCAAUUUGCCAUUGCCAAACCCAACCCAACCACACUCCACUCCAAUCCAAUGCCGCACUAAACCCUAUCCUUCCUUUGGUCAAACCCGAUGUUCGCCUACCCAGGCACGCCAAGUCCGUGGCCGCAGCGCCACCCACCGUCCCCAAGCCCAGGGGGCGCCGCGUCCGCCGCCGCCCCGCGCCACGUGGCGCUGGCGGCUGGGAGCAAGCGGCGGGGAGCGGGCGCCGCGGCGGAGGCGGUGGACGAGGCGGCGGAGCUGGUUCGCGCCCUGCUGCGGAGGACGGGCGGCGGCAAGGAGCGGCUGGUGGCGGUGCUGGACCGGCACGUGAGGGCGGUCCGCACCGAGCAUUGCUUCCUCCUCUUCGAGGAGCUCGGCCGCCGCGACGCCUGGCUCCAGUGUCUCGAGGUUUUCAGAUGGAUGCAGAAACAACGGUGGUAUGUUGCUGACAAUGGCAUCUACUCUAAGUUAAUAUCUGUCAUGGGAAGGAAAGGCCAGAUACGGAUGGCAAUGUGGCUGUUCUCUCAGAUGCGAAACAGCGGGUGCAAACCGGACACUUCUGUUUAUAAUUCUCUUAUUGGUGCGCAUCUGCAUUCACGAGACAAGAGUAAGGCUUUGUCAAAAGCUCUUGGCUAUUUUGAGAAGAUGAAGUGUAUAGAGAGAUGCCAACCUACGAUUGUGACAUACAACAUUCUUUUAAGAGCUUUUGCUCAGGCUCGUGACACAAAGCAGGUAAACAUCUUGUUCAAGGAUCUGGAUGAAAGUAUAGUCUCCCCUGAUAUCUAUACUUAUAAUGGAGUGAUUGACGCAUACGGGAAGAAUGGCAUGAUCAAAGAGAUGGAAUCUGUGUUACUGCGGAUGAAAAGCAAGCAAUGCCGUCCAGAUGUGAUCACAUUCAAUAUACUCAUCGAUUCAUAUGGGCGAAAGCAGUUAUUUGAUAAGAUGGAGCAGGUGUUCAAGAGUCUACUGCGAUCGAAGGAGAGGCCUACCCACCCAACGUUUAAUUCCAUGAUAACAAAUUAUGGUAAAGCAAGACUCAGAGAGAAAGCAGAGGGUGUGCUUGAGAAGAUGGAGGAAUUGGGAUUCAGACCAAAUUAUGUGACGCAGGAAUGCCUCGUCAUGAUGUAUGCGAAUUGCGAUUGUGUCUCAAGGGCCCGGCAGGUGUUUGAUGAGCUUGUGAGCUCACAAAAUAAUAUGCACAUGUCUUCAUUGAACGCGAUGCUCGAUGCCUACUGCAUGAACGGCUUGCACAUUGAAGCAGAUCGGCUGCUGGAUACUGCAAUCCAGAAAGGUGUUGUACCCAGUGGUUCCACAUACAAGUUACUUUACAAGGCCUACACCAAGGUAAACGAUCAGGACCUUGUCCAGAAGUUGCUCAAGAGAAUGAAUAAGCAGGGUAUUGUUCCAAAUAAAAAGUUCUUCCUGGAUGCUUUGGAAGCAUUUGGCACCACUGAGAAGAAACCCAGGACAUUAUCAUCAACAAACACGGCAAGCAAGCCGGGUGCAGAUUCUACAGGCAAGUCAGAAACAGCUACUGCGAGUAAGCCAAAGGCAAACGUUUGGCAAGCAGCUGUUCGAUGAGGCGAUCAGAUAGAACAAGCUUCGAAUUGCCUGACAUUUGGACGAACACAAUUUAUUUACACCAGAAACCGUGCAUGCACAGUAUACUUGGAGUCGUGAGCAGUUGUAAUGCUCCCAGCCUUGGUUGUUUCCUUUUUGUAGUGAAAGCUGAGAUCUUUUGUACUUGGCGAAGGCUACUUGUAGAUUUCAUCAUGUUGUGAUAUCAGCCUAGGUUUUUUGCUUCGAUUAAUCAUCCAGAGCACUUAAAGAUCCGACUGUUAGUGGUCGUAGUUUGUUA